CAACACUAAAACGUCUACAGACCAGUCAGAUAAAUAUUUUCAUGACUAGUAAUUUUUUUGAAUAUCAAAAAAUCAAAUAAAGGAUACUUAUUUAUCAGUAUAAACAAUAACUAGGCUAACAAUGGAGUCCAUAGCUACUGAUUCUGGAAAAAUAGUGAAGAUGGAAGUGGAUUACAGUGCCACUUGUGACGAUAAAAUCCCCGAGUGUCAAAAACUAGCAAAAUCAGGUAAAUUGCAUGACGCCCUUGAUCAAUUGCUGGCUUUGGAGAAGCAGACCAGAACAGGAGCAGACAUGAUAUCCACAGGUCGAGUCUUGGUUGCCAUUUGCCAAAUUUGCAAAGAUGCAAAGAAUUGGUCUGCACUCAAUGAACACAUCGUUUUGUUGACAAAAAGGAGGUCACAGUUGAAGCAAGCUGUGGCCAAGAUGGUUCAAGAAUGCUGCACCUAUGUGGAUGAAACUCCAGAUAAGGAGACCAAAGUAAAACUUAUAGACACGUUAAGGCAGGUUACUGAAGGAAAAAUUUAUGUAGAAGUUGAAAGAGCUCGUCUGACUCACAAAUUAGCCAAAAUCCGUGAAGAUGAUGGUGAUAUACAACAAGCUGCUGAUAUUAUUCAAGAACUACAGGUGGAAACAUAUGGAUCAAUGGAGAAAAGGGAGAAAGUGGAGUUAAUAUUAGAGCAGAUGAGGUUAUGUGUUGCCAAGCAGGAUUACAUUAGAACUCAGAUCAUUUCCAAGAAGAUCAAUACAAAAUUUUUCGAAGAAGAUGGCUCUUCAGAUUUAAAAUUAAAGUAUUACAGACUGAUGAUGGAGGUGGAUCAACACGAGGGCUCCUAUUUGGCAACUUGUAAACAUUAUAGGGCUGUUCUUAAUACUCCAAGCAUUAUGGCAGUUCCUGAAGAAAAACAAGCUGCUGCACAAGCUGUUGUUCUAUAUAUUAUAUUGGCUCCACAUGACAAUGAGCAGGUUGAUUUGACACAUCGGGUGUUAGCUGACAAAGUCUUGGAGGAAAUUCCAACUUACAAGCAACUUCUCAAACUCUUUACCACUCCUGAAUUGAUCAAAUGGUCUGGUUUGUGUGAACUGUAUGAAAAGCAGUUGAAGACUACUCCAGUUUUUUCUGGCAAUGAUCAGGCCCAGAAAAGAUGGUCAGAUUUGAAAUCCAGAGUAGUUGAACAUAACAUCCGAGUAAUGGCCAAAUACUACACCCGCAUUACAAUAAACCGUAUCUCAGAAUUACUAGACCUUUCUCCAGGAGAAACAGAAGAAUUCUUGUCUCAAAUGGUUGUUAGCAAAACGAUUCAAGCUAAAACUGAUAGACCAGCAGGUGUUGUUCAUUUCCAACAAAGCAAAGAUCCCAGCGAUGUCUUGAAUGAUUGGGCUCACGAUUUGACUCAGCUGAUGCAGCAUGUCAACAAAAUCACUCAUCUCAUCAACAAGGAGGAAUGUGUCCACAAACAUCUUCAGUCUACUACAGCUUAGUUUAAGAGUUUUCCGUCUGAAUAAUUUUUUAUUUAUAAAAUAUAUUUGCAAAUAAAUGUUUUGUAGUAUUUA